CAUCAAAAACACAAAGACUGAAACUUCUGCGUAGAAAUCAAAAGGAAGAGAGAAGAAGAAACAACAAGGGUAGGAUGCGCACGGGCGGCUUCACGGUGUGGUUCUGGGCGCUGACGUCAGCAGUUGCUGUAUUUGGGGCGGUAGUUUCGUCGUCGACGACUUGGGUGGCUGACGGGAGGGUGCUGGAGCUGGACGACUCCAAUUUCGAAUCGGCGAUUUCAGCGCUGGACUUGGUCUUGGUCGACUUCCACGCCCCAUGGUGCGGCCACUGCAAGCGUCUCGCUCCUCAGUUGGAUGCGGCGGCGCCGAUGCUUGCCUCAUUGAAGAACCCAAUAGUGAUAGCUAAGGUGAAUGCUGACAAGUAUAGGUCUCUAGGUGACAAAUACGGAGUCGAUGGAUUUCCGACACUGAAGCUGUUCAUACAUGGUGUGCCCCAAGAGUACAAAGGCCCCAGGAAAGCCGAUUUGCUUGUUCGUUAUUUGAAGAAAUUUGCUGCUCCGGAUGUUACUGUGCUUGAUUCGGACUCGGCUAUUGCUGAUUUUGUUGAGGCAGCAGGCACAUUCUUCCCUGUAUAUAUUGGCUUUGGGUUGGAUGAGUCCAUGAUAUCUAAGUUAGCAUUGAAGUACAAAAAGAAGGCCUGGUUUUCAGUUGCAAAGGAUUUCUCUGAGGAUGCAAUGCUGUUGUAUGAUUUUGACAAGGCUCCUGCUUUGCUAUCCCUCCAUCCAAGUUACAAUGAGCGGCACGUUUUUUAUGGACCCUUUGAAGAGGAAUUUUUGGAGGAUUUCAUAAAACAAAGUUUGUUACCUUUGGCCAUUCCCAUCAACUAUGACACGUUAAAAUCAUUGGAGGAUGAUGAAAGGAAAAUUGUGUUGACAAUUGUUGAGGAUGAGGAUGAAGAGAAGUCAAAGAACUUGAUUAAGAUUUUGAAAUCUGCGGCAUCUGCUAAUCGAGACCUUGUAUUUGGUUAUGUCGGGAUCAAACAAUGGGAAGAUUUUGCAGAUACAUUUGGAGCGAACAAGAAGACAAAAUUACCAAAAAUGGUUGUUUGGGAUCGAACGGAGGAGUACGUCACAGUUAAUGGCUCAGAAAGCAUUGGUGAGGAAGAUCAGGCAUCUCAAGUCUCGCAGUUUCUUGAAGGAUACAAGGAAGGAAGAACAAUUAAAGAAAGAGUUGGUGGCAGUGUGUCGGUUACUUCCUUUAUAUCUUCAUUUCUUGGGCUUGGAACUGUGUAUGUACUAGUUUUUGUGGUAGUGACAAUAAUUCUUGUUAGAAAAGCCACUGAGGAAGAACCUCUCAGGGUUGGUAGGGGAGAUGAAGUUGAUCAUGCUACAAGUUCUACCGCUGAGGCUGAAAGCAGAGAGCAUAAAGCUGGAGAAAAGGAAGAUUAGAGUUGCCCUUUGUACUGUCUACAUCUGAUCUACCAGUGAGUGUGCCUAAAUGGCUAAAUCAGUAUGAAUUGAGACGUCCAUGAUUUGGUAGAGAAUGACAUUUUCCUUUGCACUCUGAUUUGUGCAUUUCAUAGGCACAAUUUUUCUUUGUUUGUUAUUAUCGUCAUGCACAAGAAAGUUAGGCUAUUGAUAUUCUCUAAUCGUUUCGUUGUAAUUCUUAUGUAUCAUGUUUAAAGUUAAUAUUUCACUCUUCGAUUCUGUCUGUAUAAUGGUUGGAAUAUAUGCCCCAUUUCACAGUUGUAAGUUGUAACGACAUCCAACACUUCUCAACAAGUCUUUACCAAUAAAACGCGCACCAGAGACACUGGCCUUU